CGCGUCGACUUUGUUCGUCACUGCAGAUUUGAAAUUUGGAGCAAAUUCAAAAAGUCACAUUCUUAUCAUAUUUUCCUAUUUCCUGGAAUGUAAGCUCUCAAGGAUGCUCAUUUUUUAAACCGUGGUAUUGUUUUUGAUAUACUUUCUCCCAGUUUUGAUAUUCCCCGCGUUUUCUAGCAAGUUUUUACCUUUGUACAGAAAAUCCAGACAGUCCAUGAAAUCUGUCAUUGAUUUAUUCUGAUUUCGUGGAAACCUUCAUCCAGGAACCGUUGCUUUCUGUUUUUUAAUAUUCUGGAUACAAGAUCCUGAUGAAACGCUCAUCUGUCAAACUUUUUACCAUCGCAUCAUCACCGUGAAAUCAAGGAUGUCAUCCAGACGCUAAUUCCCAGAAAAUCAUCCCUGAAUCUUCCCGUUUCCUCUCCCCUCGGUCUUUCUCCCCUCCCCAUCAUGUCCGCCGAGGAACUCCCCGCCGACCCCUCCUCCCGCACCCCCCUGCACCGCUCCCCCUCGUGGACGGGGCCGACCGCCCGCGAGAUCUGCACCAAGUGGCGUUCCUGGCUGGAACCGCUGGUCUUCACCGUCUACGUCAUCCUGCUGAUUGUGGCGCUGCCGUUGUGCGUGCUGGUCUUCAAGCACGAGGAGACCAAUCUGCGCACCCGCACCUGGUUCAUCGGGGGGAUCUUUGUGUUCCUCAGUGUGCCCGUGUCGCUGCACACGCUGGUGCAGCAUCUGAUUCACUACACGAAACCGAGUUUGCAACGGCAUAUUAUCCGGAUUUUGUGGAUGCCCACGAUUUAUGCUGCGUCCGCGUGGUUUUCCCUGCGCUUUCCUUCCGGAGCCAUUUAUUUCGACACAUUCCGCUCGUGCUACGAAGCCUACGUGAUUUACAAUUUUAUGCGUUUCCUGUUGAAUUAUCUGGAGGAACGCUGCGACAUUGUGUACGCGCUGGAGCUGAAGCCGCAGCAGUGCCACUUCGUCCCCGUCCGUUUUGUCCUGCCGUCAUGGGCCAUGGGAUAUAAUUUCCUGACCAACUGCAAGUUAGGCGUCCUGCAGUACACCGUCGUGAUGCCGGUUAUCACCGCCACCGCUUUCGUCUGCGAGUCACUGAACGUGUACAACGAAGGGACGUUCGACUUCACCAGCGCCUGGUCUUAUUUGGUCGUAUUGGCAAAUUUAUCGCAGAUCUGGGCCAUGUACUGUCUCAUCCUCUUCUACCAGGCCUGCAAAGAAGAACUGGCGCCGAUGCGGCCGUUGUCCAAAUUCCUAUGCGUCAAACUCAUCGUCUUCGCUUCAUUCUGGCAGUCGAUUGUCAUCGCGAUCGUGGUGAACGUCGGCCUGGCUAAGGGACAGAGCGCCAUUCCCGAAACGGACAUCAAGUCGGUCUCCACGGGGUUGCAGGAUAUCCUCAUCUGCGGCGAAAUGGUCUUGGCGUCGAUCGCGCAUCAUUUUGCUUUUUCCUACGUGCCCUACAUCGAUCUGGCCGCGCCGCAAGUGCCCUGCUGCACCUCCUUCUGGGCCAUGAUGGACGUCCGCGAUGUCACCAGCGACAUGGUCGAGCACGCCAAAGUCGUCGGCACGCAGAUCCGUGGCGGGCGUCCGGCGUACACCCCUCGCAGUCAGGACGAGCGAACGCGGUUAAUAGACCCGGCGUCGCGGGCGCCCAGCGUCAGUUCCAGUCAGAACGACUUCGAGGUGCUCCAGCCGCCCCAAACCGGCGAGGUGGAGGUGCGCCGGCCGCGGCUGGACGACGAAGUGUUUCAGGAACCCAUCCCGACCACGCGACACGAUGAGCGCAGUGAUUUGCUGGCGUGAUUUGACUGUUUUGGUUGAAGCUUCAGUGCAAUCUGUGAUAGUUUGCGAUUUCCUUUGUAAUUUUCUACUUUAACUGCUCUGCGAUUCAUUGCUUUAUUUUUGCCCGUGUUCCGCCAAAGAUUUGGUUACGCUGAUUUAUAAAGGAAGGUGAAAAAUGGGCUUUAUGGAGAAAUUUCAGUAUUGCUUCGUUGCAUGUUGGUUAUUGUUAUCACCGCCUUUUCUGCAUGCAUUACUAACGCUACGGAAGUCCGAAGCCGUAAAUAUGGCUAGCCGAUAUGAUGUCGGCUUACACUGCGUCAACGUCGACCGUCACGAGGGCGGCGGUUAAGAAAAGAAACAACAAGAAAAGAUCCUAAGAAAUAAGAAAACCAAGAAUCAAACCCUGGAAACAUAAGAAAGCCUAAGAAAAACUAAGGCGGACUGGCAAAAGACUGGCUCUGACUCACUUCGUGACGAGUCGACAUCGUGCCUGUACGACGUAGCGGCGGUAACGGCAUCCCGUCGACGAAACGGCGGUUCACCGCGAAGCCUCCACUUGGCCAGAUAUCUGUGGCAGACACGGCUAUUUCGUUCCAGCUGUAUUUUCUUUCGCAUCGCACCAUUCCGCUUGCUUCGAUUAAAAUGUUUAAUGUUUUUAUCUAGCUAUGUACGAGUAUCUGCGCAAAUGUGCAGUGUAUUAAUGCGCGUGCUGGCUG